AUAAGAGGCGGCCUUCUAUCCAACACAUCUUAGGGUUUGAGGGGGCGCCUCUCAUUUUUUUCUCCUUGCUUCCCUACUGAGCGCCUCUCUCUCUUCUUGCUUCCUCACUCCUCCUUCCAACCCUUUUCUGGUGUCUCUCGAGGUGCCCAUUCUCCAACAUAUAUUUUUUGUAAUCUAAACUAGCAAAAAUGGUGAAGUUUACAGUGGAAGAGCUCCGUCGGAUCAUGGACCUUAAACAUAACAUUCGUAACAUGUCUGUUAUUGCACAUGUGGAUCAUGGCAAGUCUACUCUCACUGAUUCUCUUGUAGCAGCAGCUGGAAUUAUUGCCCAAGAAGUUGCAGGUGAUGUUCGCAUGACAGAUACUCGCCAGGAUGAGGCUGAGCGUGGUAUUACAAUUAAGUCAACAGGGAUAUCCCUUUACUAUGAGAUGACUGAGGAGUCUCUCAAGAACUACAAGGGGGAAAGAUCAGGAAAUGAGUAUCUAAUCAACCUGAUUGAUUCACCUGGGCAUGUUGAUUUCUCUUCUGAGGUUACGGCAGCUCUUCGCAUUACAGACGGUGCACUUGUGGUGGUAGAUUGUGUUGAAGGAGUGUGUGUUCAAACGGAAACAGUGCUUCGUCAAGCUCUUGGAGAGAGGAUUAGGCCUGUGCUUACUGUCAAUAAGAUGGACCGCUGUUUCCUUGAGUUGCAGGUUGAAGGGGAGGAAGCGUAUCAGACCUUUCAAAGAGUGAUUGAAAAUGCAAAUGUGAUUAUGGCUACAUAUGAGGAUGCAUUGCUUGGUGACGUACAGGUUUACCCUGAGAAGGGAACCGUGGCAUUCUCUGCAGGACUGCACGGUUGGGCUUUUACACUGACAAACUUUGCCAAAAUGUAUGCAUCAAAGUUUGGAGUCGAUGAGUCCAAGAUGAUGGAAAGACUGUGGGGUGAAAACUACUUCGACCCAGCCACCAAGAAAUGGACCAACAAGAGUACUGGUUCUCCCACAUGCAAGAGAGGAUUUGUUCAGUUCUGUUAUGAGCCUAUCAAGCAAAUUAUAAAUACCUGUAUCAAUGAUCAAAAGGACAAGUUGUGGCCAAUGUUGCAGAAACUUGGUGUUACCAUGAAAUCUGAGGAAAAGGAGCUGGUGGGCAAGGCUCUAAUGAAACGUGUCAUGCAGACCUGGCUUCCAGCUAGCAAUGCACUUCUUGAAAUGAUGAUAUUCCACCUUCCGUCUCCUUCCAAGGCACAGAGAUACCGUGUUGAGAAUUUAUACGAGGGCCCUCUUGAUGAUCCUUACGCUAAUGCUAUUAGGAACUGUGAUCCUGAAGGCCCUUUGAUGCUUUAUGUUUCGAAGAUGAUUCCUGCAUCUGACAAGGGUCGAUUUUUUGCCUUUGGUCGUGUAUUCUCUGGAAAAGUGUCGACUGGCUUGAAGGUGAGAAUUAUGGGACCCAACUAUAUUCCAGGGCAGAAGAAGGACCUGUAUGUGAAGAGUGUGCAGAGAACAGUUAUUUGGAUGGGGAAAAAGCAAGAAUCUGUUGAGGAUGUUCCGUGUGGUAAUACAGUUGCCAUGGUUGGUCUGGAUCAGUUCAUUACCAAGAAUGCAACUUUGACAAAUGAGAAGGAAGUAGAUGCACAUCCGAUCAGGGCAAUGAAGUUCUCUGUUUCACCUGUUGUCCGUGUGGCUGUUCAAUGCAAAGUUGCUUCUGAUCUUCCCAAACUUGUGGAAGGUCUGAAGCGUCUGGCCAAGUCAGAUCCCAUGGUUGUCUGUACAAUUGAAGAAUCUGGCGAGCAUAUCAUUGCUGGUGCUGGAGAAUUGCACCUUGAAAUCUGUCUCAAGGAUCUGCAGGAAGAUUUCAUGGGUGGAGCUGAGAUCGUGGUUUCUGACCCUGUCGUGUCAUUCAGGGAGACUGUACUGGAGAAGUCUUGCAGAACUGUGAUGAGUAAAUCUCCAAACAAGCAUAACCGUCUCUACAUGGAAGCCAGGCCCAUGGAAGAAGGAUUGGCCGAAGCCAUUGAUGAUGGACGUAUUGGCCCAAGAGAUGAUCCCAAGGUGCGGGCCAAGAUACUCUCAGAAGAAUUCGGAUGGGACAAGGACCUUGCUAAGAAGAUUUGGUGUUUUGGGCCAGAGACUACUGGACCAAAUAUGGUUGUUGAUAUGUGUAAGGGUGUUCAGUACCUGAACGAAAUCAAGGAUUCUGUGGUGGCUGGAUUCCAAUGGGCAUCCAAAGAAGGUGCAUUGGCUGAAGAAAACAUGCGUGGCAUAUGCUUCGAGGUGUGUGAUGUUGUUCUUCAUGCUGAUGCAAUCCACAGAGGUGGUGGUCAGGUUAUUCCCACAGCAAGAAGAGUUAUCUACGCUUCUCAGCUGACUGCUAAGCCAAGGCUUUUGGAACCGGUCUACCUUGUUGAGAUCCAAGCGCCGGAGCAGGCUCUUGGUGGUAUUUAUGGAGUUCUUAACCAGAAGCGUGGGCAUGUGUUCGAGGAAAUGCAGAGGCCUGGUACACCGCUUUACAACAUCAAGGCAUACUUGCCCGUCAUUGAAUCUUUUGGUUUCUCCAGCACUCUGCGGGCUGCGACUUCUGGGCAGGCAUUCCCCCAAUGUGUUUUUGACCAUUGGGAUAUGAUGAGCUCUGAUCCAAUGGAGUCCUCUUCACAGGCUGGGCAGCUGGUGGCUGACAUUCGCAAAAGGAAGGGUCUCAAGGAGCAGAUGACUCCAUUGUCCGAGUACGAAGACAAGCUUUAAACAACUUUUUAGGAACCGGGACUUCGUUAUUUUUAGGAUUAUUUGCUUGUUGUUGAUGUUAAAUUUUUAAUACUCUUGGAGUAUCGAUACUAUAUCCUUAUUUUUGUUUUUCCGCUUAAAUUUUGGUCAUGUUUGCUGGAUUGUGGUGAACUUGCAGUGUUGAGUAUCUUGAGCAUUGAAUGAGGUAUUAUGCUUAAUUA